AUGGACCUCUCCAACCUCCAAGAGAAGGUCAGCAACCUGACCUUAUACGACCUCAAAGCCGGUGUCCGUAAAGUCCAAAAUGCCGUCAUGAACUAUACCGAGAUGGAGGCCAAGGUCCGCGAAGCGACCAACAACGAGCCUUGGGGUGCUUCGACCACCUUGAUGCAAGAGAUCGCCAAUGGAACGCACAGUUAUCAGCUACUCAAUGAGAUUAUGCCAUUGAUCUACAAGCGAUUUACCGACAAGAGUGCUGAAGAGUGGAGACAGAUCUACAAGAGUCUUCAACUUCUCGAAUUCCUCGUCAAAAAUGGUUCGGAGCGGGUCGUUGACGACGCGCGAUCUCACAUGUCCUUGCUGCGAAUGUUGCGACAAUUCCAUUUUAUCGAUGCGAACGGCAAAGACCAGGGUAUCAAUGUGCGCAAUCGCUCAUCAGAGCUUGUCAAAUUGCUGGGUGACGUCGAUCAGAUUCGCACGGAGCGCAAAAAGGCUCGCGCCAACCGGAACAAGUUCGGUGGAUUUGAAGGUGGUAUGAGUGUUGGUGGUGGCAUGUCUUCCGGCUCUAGCCGAUACGGUGGCUUUGGAAGUGAAAGUCUAGGGUACGGCGGUUAUAGCGGGGGUGUCUACGGCGACGGUGGAGGCUUCGGCGGAGCUUCAAGUGAUUUCCAGGACACCAGCCGCGAUACUAGCCGCCGGGGCAACCGUUUCGAGGAGUAUGAUGAAUACGAUGAGGGUACAUCUGCAGGUCCACGACGCGAGUCUGCCCCAGCCCCGAAACCCAAGACGGAGCCAAAAAAGUCAGAACCUGCUCCUGUUGUAGACCUCUUUGAGUUUGGAGACGACGAGCCCGCCGCUCCCGCUACAAAAGCGACCUCUGUUGCCGCGGGUAAACAGCCUGCUAGUAGCGGCUUGAAUAUGCUCGAUACAACGGCGGAUGAUGAUGACUUUGACGACUUCCAAUCGGCGACACCGGCAGUCCAGCCCACUCCUGCUCAAUCGUCUAACUUCUCUAUCCCCCCACCAUCCACCACCUACAGCACAACUUCGAGCACACAAUUCGCAGCACCUGUGCCUGUGUCUGCAGCGCAGGGGGCCAACAUCAAUGGCAUUGUUGGCUUCACAUCUGCCACCCCCACCCCUACUACAAGCUCCCUCGCAUCGCCAGUCUCACAAACCGGAUCUAUGCAGCCAACGAUGGCAUCGAAGCCAUCCGGUUACCAAGCCGCAACUCCCAACUACUUUACGUCUGUGUCAGUUGGAGCUGCACAGCCAUUCUCAUCUCACUCUUCCAAGCCAUCUCUGUCUUCGCCCACGGCCGCAUCGUCUGCCAGCAAGCCUACAACUAGUACUGCCAAGAAACCCUCCGGUGAUGCUUUUGGGUCUCUCUGGUCCACAGCCAGUGCUAGCGCCGGCAUUGCCAAAGCCAAUGCAAACGCCAACAAGGGUCCCAAUCUGGCCAGCAUGGCCAAGGAAAAGGCCAGUGCCGGUAUCUGGGGCGCACCAGCCGCGUCGACAUCUACAUCUUCGUCCGCGGCGCAGCAAAAACCAGCAGGUGGCUCCGCGUUUAAUGAUCUUCUAGGCUAG